UUAUAUUGAUUAGUCGACAAUUUCCGUAAUAGGCUGAUGCAUGAUUUGAAGAAAAUUAAAAAAAAAAUCAUUGAGAUUUAAAAAGACCACAGCUGUUUUGUAAGUCAGUUGUGUGCUAUAUAUCCCAUAAUUCCAUAUCGCCUUGAUGACGUAUUUGGUUAUGGUAUUUUGGUUAGUCAAGGCAAGGCAACACAUGGCACAUGGUAACGUAGGGUUAGGUUAAGUCUUGUCUAAACAUCAAAGCAUAACGUUUGUGUUUGUACUAAAGAAGCGUGUAAUUAUAUGAUAAAGCACGUCUACAAUAUUAUUAUUUAUUAAAAAUUACAAUUAAUCGAAAAUGAAUGAAGAAGAAGUUAAAUGCCCGGACGAAGAGGAGAGCGAAUUUUUUUUCGAAUCUGAUCAUUUGGCAUUAAAGGGUAAUAAAGAUUACAGCGCUUUUCUAAAAACAAUAGUUGUUCUCGAGGCUCAACGUAUUCAAGCUAUAAAAGAUUUAGAUGAACUUAUGUCGGCGCGAACUAAAGCGAUGAAGGAUCCAAUAUCGUUUGUAGCACAGUUGCAAAAUGGAGAUCUCCCUGAGUUACCUAGUCCACAGAACAUUGCUGACAUUCCUUAUGUUGAUUGGUCACAAUAUAACAUAUCAUUAUCAGAUACUCGUAUAAGACCGCAAACUCGACAUGGACAUGUUAUGCCACAGAUGCAAUUAAAAAAUAAAGAAGAAAAUGGAAAGAUUUUGGUGAGAGGUCGUGUUUUUGAUGAAAGUAAACCUGAAACUUUUAAUCAAUUAUGGACAAGAGAAGAACAAAGACGACUUGAGGAACUUUUAGUUGAAUAUCCACCAGAAGAAAUAGAAAUGAAACGUUGGACUAAGAUAGCGAAUGCAUUAGGAAAUCGAACACCUAAACAAGUGUCCAGUAGAGUUCAAAAGUAUUUUUUAAAACUUUUAAAGGCAGGCUUGCCUGUACCAGGACGAGGUCCUAAGAUAAAAUUGGAUAUUAAAAAAAGUUUAACACACAAACAUCAGCGUAACAAUCACUUUUUAUUUAGACGGUCAACAUUCUUUCCGCAUCAAGAUAUUUGCAGUACAUCAGAUGAAAAUAAAGAAUUUGCAGCAGAAUUUGAGGAUGAUACAUUAAAUAAAAGAAUUGAUGAUACUCCUGAAACAAGGCAACUAGUUUUAUUGCGCCAAGUGAAAGCUGAAAAGGAGCAAGAUUCUUCAUCUUUGUACAAACAUGUUGGAUAUAAAUGUACAAUAUGUGGUGAAGAACCUUUAAAGGGUACAAGAUGGCAUUGUACAGAAUGUCACAGUGGAAUUGAUCUAUGUGGUGAUUGUGCAGUAACACAAUUCGAAGUCGAAAAUCCUACACACGAUCCAUCUCAUAGAUUGGUUCCCAUAAAACCACCACAAUAUACUAAAAGUUAUGAUUUAGAUUAUUUUCCACAAAAUUUUAGUAAUUCUUCCUACAAUUAUCUCGAUCCAAAUUUUCUACCUGAAUAACAUCUUAUUUCAAAUAAAUACAAGAAAUAUACUUCAUAAAAUAAAAAAUUUAUUAAAAUAUUUAUACAGUAGUAGGAAAUUUAGAAUUAGGAUUCGUAUUUCAAACGAAUUUUCUUCUGAAGUUCAUUAAAUGUUCCACUUUUAAUACUGUCACGAAUAACAGUGAAAAAUUGAAGAUAAUGAUGAAUAUUGUGUCUGAAAAUAAUAAAGUUAUUGUUAGAUUUUAUAUGAUAUAAAACAAACCAGAUUUCUGCAUUGAUAUACAGAUUAAUUAUAAUUUAUAAAUACAUACAUCAUUAAAAGUACUAAUCCAAGCAUUUCCUUUGUGUGAUGCAAAUGAUGGAGAUAUGCUCGUGUGUGAUUUUGACAUGCAAGACACUCACAUUUUUUACAAAUAGGAGCAAAGUCAUCUUUAUAUCUGAAAAUAAAAAUAUA